CUUUUAUUUUGAAACGGCCUCGUCAUCCACAGGGGACACGUUCUGUGAGGCCCCGCCCCUUCAGUAAUAACACACGUUCGCACGGCGACAGGAGCUGCUGAUGUUCCUCAGUAAGCGCAGUAGCUGCAGUCAUCGAGUAAUGCAGGCCGAGAGCAGCGAGGGGCUGCUGCAGAGACGCGCGGAGGUCCGCAGGAGGAAGCUACUGCUGAACUCCGAGCAGCGCAUGAAGAAGAUCGUGGGCUUCAGCCAGAGUGAGCCGGACAGCGCAGCCAGAGUCCUGGAGCCGCGGUUCCACCUGGAUCUGGAGCGUAACGAGCCCUGGUCCUCCUCCGGCUCCUCUAACAGACUCUCGCCGCUGGUGUCCGAUCCGUCCGAGAGCAGCGGUGAGGAAGACGUGUCUGGUGCUGUUCAGCAGAGGCUGGCGGGGUCUCCUCGCAGAGGUCUGCAGAAGUACGUGUCCCGCUUCGACGACGCCAUGAAGCUGCGAGGACAGCUGUCCGCUGAGAAGACGGCUCAGGACGGCGGCGGCGAGGAGCUGGACUCAUUCUGUGUCUUCCGGCUCGUCUGCAGCGUCGCUCUGGCUGUCUUCGUGCGCAUCUUCGUCUGCCAGUAUCUGUCCGUCUUCGCACCGUUCCUCACUCUGGAGCUGGGCUUCAUGGGAUUGCACAAAUACUUCCCCAAGGUGGAGAAGAAGAGCCAGAGCACGAUGCUGACGGCUGCGCUCCUGCUGUCGGGGAUCCCUGCUGAGCUCAUCAGCCGCUCCACGGACACCUACAGGAAGAUGAGCGACGUCUUCUCUGACCUCUGCGUCUACUUCUUCAGCUUCGUCACGUGUCACGAGCUGCUGCUGCUGCUGUCGGGCUCAGACAUGUCCUGAGGAGACCGAUGAGAGACUGACGACGUCACUUCUUUAUAUUCCUCGUUUUAACGUCCUCCUCAACGCUUUGAAUCUUAUUUCACGUAGUGUUCAUCAGUUGACCGCUGUGAAGCUAGUGAAGUCUGAGCAGAGAGAGCUGAAGCUCGUAUAUCAGGUGAAUCUCACACCUGGGUCGUAUUUCACUCCAAAAUCCAAAGAAAAUCAAGCCUGUUUUUUGGACCAUUAAGCAAUAGUUCAGCCAAAAAUGAACAUGUGUUGAAAAUGUGCUCAUCUGAGAUCAGGAGGAGUGUGUU